UUGGGUGAACAAAAUCCCUGAAAAUUACUAUUUUACCCUUACUUUUCCAAGUGGUGGGCCAAACUUUCUCUCUCUACACACUUUACUCACCUUUAAUUAAUCUCACUACUACAUGCCCCUUAACUUUUGCCUCGUGAACCGCAAAUCACACCAAAGUUGCAUUUAAAAAAAAUCGGAGGAAGUAUUUAUUUUUUUUUCAGAUUUGUUUUUAUAGGAAAUAAGAUUACCAAAUGCCCCAAAAUAUAGAGUCUCAGAGUUGAGCGCCAUUGUUCAACCGUUCAAAUUUGCACUUUUCUUCGUCUUUCUUCUUCCCCUCUCUCCUAAAAUGGAGAAACGGCUUCGUUCUUCUCUGCAAAAUUCUGCAGAUACAUUUCUAGCAUCAGCCAUCAAAUUCUCUCUAACAUCAGCUAGACCUUCUCUCAAAACCCUAAUUUUCUCCAUUAAACCUUCUUCAGACAUCUCUUCUUCUCUCCCUCUUUCUCUCCACUCCUCAAUUUCUCACUCAAUUGCUUCCUUCAAAAUCCCAUCUAACCCCAGAACUCCGCCUUCGCCGCCAUUGAAAAAACCUCGAAGAUCCUCUCGAAAUUCAACGACCCAAGUCGAAGAACCCCCCCAACAAAAAACCCAUCUUCACAAUCUUCAAAUCUACGCUUACAUUUCCCUAAUUUGUACAAAACAUCCCCAAAAUGCCUUCUCUGCUGACGAUUUGUUCCCGGCUGUUCGGGAAUUGCACGAUAAUUUGAUCCUUUUCGAGUCUGAUAACGGCCUAUUAUCCGACAUUUCUAGCUUGUGUGAGUUAUGGUGGAAGGAGGAGCUUGUUGGGAGAGAAUUGUUAAUCUCUCAAUUUGUUCCAUUUCUUGUUUCAAGGUCGUUAACUUUAAGGAAAAAGGUUGAUAUUCAUAGGGUUUAUGUAUUGAGGGAAGCUUUUGUGUUGUUUGACUUUGAGGAUGAGAGUAUAGAGGACUUGAAAUUGUUGCUAAUUAGAUGUGUGAUUACCCCUCUUUACUUAAAAACCGAAGAUGGAAGGCGGUUUAUCGCCUUUUUGUUUGGUUUAAGUCUUCAGGUUCUGAAGGAGGUGUUGGCAAUGAUCAAAUCCCAAAUUCCUUUUGGAAGGAAGUCAAUGUUGGAGGCUUAUGGGGAGAUUUUAUUUAAAGGGUGGAAAAGUGUGGAAGGUGAUCUUAGGAGAGAAAUUGAAGAUGGGUUUUUACAGGGUUUGAUUGACAGUGCAACAUUUGCUAGUUCUGCUUCACUUGCAGCUUCUGUUCGCAGGGUUUUAGGAGGGUUCAUCAAUCAGAGGACUACUGAUGGGGUGGAGAAGAUCCUUUUUCGCCUCGCUGAGCCUGUGAUUUUCCGGUCAUUGCAGGUUGCAAAUUCAAAUGUUCGGCAGAAUGCACUUCAUUUACUCUUGGACAUGUUUCCUCUUGAAAAUCCAGAUGCUACAAAAGAGGCCAAGGACACUUUGUUUGAAAAGCAAUCUUUCUUGUUAGAAAAAUUACUUAAAGAUGAUUGUCCAGAUGUGAGGGUAGUUGCAGUAGAAGGUUGUUGUCGUAUUCUUCGUUUGUUUUGGGAAAUCAUUCCUUCCUCAACUAUUACAAAAAUGUUAACCAUCAUUUUUGAUGAUAUGUCGCAUGAUAUAUCCAAUGAGGUUAGACUCUCCACAUUGAAUGGCAUAAUUUAUUUGAUGGGCAAUCCUCAAGCUCAUGAACUCCUUAAAGUACUUUUGCCAAGAUUGCAUAGUUUGAUUUUGGAUUCAGUUCUGUCGAUUCGAAUUGCUAUGGCUGAUCUCCUUCUACUUAUUAUGGAUGUUCGAGGGUUCCAGUUUAAUAAGGUGGUCAAUUUAGAUGUUUUACUGACUACUCUUGCAAAUGAUCAACCACCUGUUGCUCAAAGGAUUGUACGGUUGCUUUUACCGUCGUAUUUUCCAUCAAAGGUCAAUGUAGCAGAAGCAUGCACUCGUGUAAUCACACUAAUUAAAAGGUCUCCUUUGGCUGGUGCAAGAUUCUGUGAGUUUCUUGCAUCAGAAGGAGCAUCUUCAAAGUCUCUCACAGAACUAGUCAGAUUUCUCACUGAUCUAGUCCUUUCUUCUGAUGAACUUGAUGAAUAUCAUACUAAGGGAAUAUUUGUUGCUUUAGGCCACCUUUGUAGAAACCUAGUAAAUGAUUCAUCUCGCAGAGACCCUCUUAAGAAACUAUUUUCAGGUGAAAUACUGGAGGGUUUGUUGGCUGCUGCAAUGCUUGGGAAUGCUCAAUCCUCGUUUUUUGAUAUCAUUUCUGUUGUCUCUCCUAUUGGUGCAAAUGGACUACUUGAACAAUGCUUAGCUGCAGUCUCAAACUGUUGUGGUUUGUCUGGGAAUGAAGAAAAGCAAGCUGAAAUACGCUCUGCACAUAAACUGGCUAUUUCUUGCAAAUGGUUUGACCAGAUGUUUGAGGUUCUAUCAAUGCUCCUGCAAGACACUGUUAUCCAGUGUAAUGAAUACUUCAGUAUAGAAGUACCCAGGGAGAUAACGCAAUCUGCAAAGAGGAAGAAAAGCAGACUCACGAGAGAAUCGAGAAAAGGGAAAUGUGCUAAUGGAAAAGGACCAUUAGCAUUCAAGAACAGCUACCAAAUUUCAGUAGGAAUAGCAUGGCAAAUAAAAGAUCUCUUAGCUUCAGAGAUCAGCCGAAAAGCUAUAUUCAAAUCCAAGCACUUAAAAUUGGUGAUUGUUUCCUUAAAGGUCAUAUCAGAAAUAAGCAUUGGGCACAGUAUGUGUUGUGAAUUUAUGGAUGCAUUGUUGAUUGAUGCAUAUAUGGCUCUUUCUCUGCACAUGACCCUUCAACAUAUUAGUGUCAAUGGCGUUGAUGAUCAUAAUGACAGGGAGAAUAAUACGCAAGGUUCUGGAUUGGAAGAGGAGCAAACACUAGUGGACAAGACAUUGGAUCAUCUUCUCAUCUGUACAGAGAAAGUACUUAGAUCUGGGGGUUUGGCAAAAAUUGGAUCAAUGUUGUCAGGAUGUAAGUUAUGUAACAACAUGGCUGUUCAGCUUCGCAGGCAAAAGCAAGAAGACUCCGAUGUAGAUGAUGAUGGAGCUGCCUUUUCUUAUCGUCGAAAAUUGUUGAAUUCGGUGAAAAUUUGCACCGCAGUUCUGAAGUUCAUAGUCGAUGUUGCAGCAAUGGACCUUAUCUUUCAUAACAAACACAGGGUUUUGGGUUUUACAUCUGGCUAUAUGCAGAAUAUGAUAUCCAUCUUAAAACGAUGCUUUCAUGGCGAAUUGAAGUUUCGGGAGGAACAAUCGAAAGAACUUCAUUUGUGCUUGAAGAGUUCUUUCACUUAUGCCGCGAAGUUGCUCAAUGUAGUUCUUGCAAGCACCACUGAAGAUUCUCCUGCUCCCCAAGAAGUCUUUGAAGUUGCAAAUAAUCUGCUUGAUCUAAUAGCCUCCAUUGAGUUAUAUUGUGGACCUGGUUAUGCAGCACGCGUGGUAAGUUUAGCAAAACAAUGGCUGCCCGAUGUGAUUUUAAGUUUGGGAUCUAGGAACAUGCAUAAACAUUCAAUGGAAGAGAAUGUCUCUCUUCACUUGUCUAGUGAUGGUGAAAUGCAUAUUCAUCCGUGGCUCUCAAUUUUAGCGAGUAUUGAGCUUUAUGAAACUAAGUGCUCUGAAUCAGGCGAUGAGGAAGAUGAUAAAGACGUGGUAAAUGAAAAGUUCCCAGCUUUUAGCAAGCUAAUUGGAAUGAUGGUUCGACUAAUUCGGAUGAAUCACAAAGUUUUAGACGUUGUGGGACUAAUUUUUCUAAUUGGCUCUACAACAUAUUUGUUAAGGAAGGAAUUUCCGUCUGCCUUGGGACUUGUACGCUUUGUUUGCACGAAACUGUUGAGGCCGGAAGACAUACAGUUGGCAAAGCUCAUUAUGAUACUUAGUUAUCUGAAACAGCUAUACCCACAAGUUGAAGGCUGUAUUGAGGGUGCAGAGAACAGUGAAGGGUUACAAGAACUUCUUGGUAUCAAAGCAUUGCUUGAUCCUGUCUGGGAUUAUUCAUGUGAAACCUGAUGUAUAUCGUGAUAAAAUAUUGGAUUUUUCUUAUGCACUCUGAAUAGUUCAGUUCUGUAAAUAAAAAACCUAAAUUCGACUAAAUGCAAUGUAAUACUAGAAGUUUCCCAUGUGGGCGCGACAUGUAAAAAUAAACUUGCAUUAUCAAAUUUUUUGUUAUCUCUUUCCAAUUACUAAGUUUCUUAACGCAGCAAAAACAUGGGUGAUAUUAUGAUAAGAUGCUAGCAAGUGUUUCAAUU